AUGCUCUAUGAUAAACUAUUCUUGCCUCUGCUGGCAGCUUUCACAGCCCUACCUUUGGCUCUAGCACAGAAUGGCAACUUUACAAUCUACGGUUAUGGCACUGGUGUCCUUGGCUUGCCAUUGUUCUAUUCUGAAGGUAGCGCUCAGCUCGGAAACGUAAGUGCUGUUUCGGGUCACAAUGUGUCUAAUGUCUACUGUAAGUUCCGAUAUCUUACAGUUUCUAUAUGGAACGACAAAGAACUAAAUGUAUCGGAAACUACCGAAGUUUCAAUCGAAGGUGGCGCACUACUUGCCUAUCCGAAUGCUACCAGCACUCAAGCGGUGAAGCACGAUGCCAACUACACCUGGUCAAGUCUUCAACUAAAAAUCCCGGUGAACGGUGGGUCCGACAACAAUGUCACUUUCGUUCAAGAUGUGGAUUCAAGUGGCGCUCCUGGAGAGUGGACGCUCUAUGGGCCUUAUGUUUUCCUCUACGAUAGCUCAAAGCAACUAGUCUCGCACUUCUUUGCUGAGCCCACCAACGACAAAGGAGUCUUCAACCUACUGUGGAACCUAUCCGAAGAGCAGCAGGCACAGAAUCCAGAUGCGGUCCCAGUGUCUCUUAGGACCAUUGCACCUGUGGAUGCAAAUGAAGCAAGCGCUUGA